CGCCUGCAGGUCCUCGUGACAACAUGAACUCGUCGCCGACGGAGAACGCGUCUGUCGUUAUCAAUGCUCCGCACGAGGCUACUUAUUCUCUCACCCAAGUUGUUCUAAUCGGAACAGUAGCGGCAAUUUUAUCAGUCAUUACCGUAGUGGGGAACAUUAUGGUAAUGAUAUCCUUCAAAAUAGACAAACAACUCCAAACAAUAAGCAACUACUUCCUGUUUUCCCUCGCCGUUGCCGAUUUCGCAAUAGGACUUAUUUCGAUGCCCCUCUUCACCGUAUCAACGCUCCUCGGUUACUGGCCUCUUGGGCCCCUCAUCUGCGACACUUGGCUGGCUCUCGACUACCUGGCCAGCAACGCCUCUGUGCUCAACUUACUUAUCAUCAGCUUCGAUAGAUACUUUUCAGUUACGAGACCGCUCACUUACCGCGCUAAAAGGACCACCAACAAGGCUGCUUUCAUGAUUGCUUGUGCCUGGGGAAUUAGUUUGUUACUGUGGCCGCCGUGGAUCUACAGCUGGCCGUACAUAGAAGGAGAGAGAACAGUACCUGAUAACGAAUGUUAUAUUCAAUUCAUCGAAACGAAUCACUACAUCACAUUCAUAACAGCCAUUGCGGCCUUUUACGUUCCUGUUACAGUUAUGUGUAUUCUUUAUUGGCGGAUAUGGAGGGAGACUGAGAAAAGGAAAAAAGAUUUGCCCAACUUGCAAGCGGGCAAAAAAGAUAGUAGUAAAAGAAGUAAUUCCAGUGUAUUCGUGUGCAGUGACGAAGCGAACAACGCUUGUUCGACGGUGGAUCUGGAAGAUUGGCACAGACCACGAUCUGAGUCGUCCACAGGGGCGGACACCGACUCUGUUUACAUGCACACUUCGAUUACAGUGGACCACCAUCGGAGAAGAAGACCUCGACGAGGCGGUUGGCUCUCGGGCAUUUAUCAAGUACGAGCAUGGUGUGUAGCGUGGUGGCAUUCGGGACGGGAGGACAGUGACACUGAGGAGGAAAGUCCCAGCGAACAGGGCCAGGGAUGCAUUACGCCGGUGUCCCUAGACACCCCGUUGCAGAGCUCUGUUUCCAGAUGCACUUCACUCAACGUAAUCAGGGAUCCAUAUACAACAAUUUCGACUCAACGUGAUCUCACACUGACUCAGGCCAAUAUGACCCCAACGCGUCUCGCGCCACGGGAUUCGCGCAGCCUGCCGACGAGUAACCGGUUAACCGGCCGGUCAGUUUCCAAUGAUAGUGUCUACACGAUCGUGAUCCGGUUACCCGGUGAAGGCAACGAGGGCACACAGAGCAACGAGGGACCUUCCAUCAAGAUGAUCGCGGAGGACACACCCAGACCCACGAGGUCCCACGACGGCGAUUAUACCGUAAUACCAAUGUCGAGCAACCAUCUGAAUCGCAGGCCAAGCGCCAUGCCCGACAUCCGUAUCCCUCUUAACGCGAAAAUCAUCCCAAAACCGUUGAUAGUCAACGCGACCAAGAAUCAGGGCAAGAAGAAAAAGAAAACGCAGGAAAAGAAGGCCGACAAAAAGGCGGCCAAGACAUUGUCCGCGAUCUUGCUCACGUUCAUCUUCACGUGGACUCCGUACAACAUAUUGGUGCUGCUCAAGCCUGUGACGUCGUCUAGUGCCAGGAUUCCGCCGCAGCUUUGGGACUUCUUUUAUUAUUUGUGCUACAUAAACUCGACUAUCAAUCCGGUGUGCUACGCGUUGUGUAACGCGAGUUUUCGCCGAACGUACUUGCGAAUUUUGCAGUGCAAAUGGCAUAAUAGGAACCGGGCCGCCAUGAACCGGGGCUUUUACAAUUAGCAAAGAAGGGACGCGGGGGUAGAAUUGCCGAAUUUUGGCCGGUGAGCUGGCCACGUAUAAACAACCUUCCCUAAUUACGGAUUCUACUCCACCCUCAUGGAACAGAUUGAUGUGGCUGUUAAUUUAGAUAAAUGAAAUACACAAUUACCGACAGGCAAAUUAAAUAGAACCACUUAGAAAAAUUGCCCCAGUUCAGUCUUGAAAGAAGUUUAACGAAAUUAAAUCCUCAGUUUUCAGACGUUGAACUUUUUUAUUUUCGAACGCUUUUCUUUCUAGGACUUUUAACACUAAAUAUGAUUCGUAAUAAAAUGACAAUCAGUCCUUAUUUAAUUCAAAAUCAAAAUCAUUAAAGAAUAGCUGUUACAGCUUUUAAAGUUUCCGUUUGUUAAUUAAUUCUUAUUAAAUCAUCCUUGAUUUAGAAUGUUCGUUGGAUGUUGGACAUUUCCCUUCAACAAUCUUUGAAACUCACAUGGAUGACACUAGUUUGGAAUGUAAUGAAAAAAUUGAUUUUGCAGAAAAAAAUGUUCUUUAAUAACUUGUGUACUUAAUUAGACACCUUAUUAUAGUAUUAAGGUAACUUCUGUCGCCACAAUGAAUACAUCUUCGAUUGGAUGCCUAGGCAACAAGUCUUCCUUCAAAAUUGAUUCAAACAUCGAAUGGUAAUUUUAAAUAAGUGCGUUAUUUGAACGAAACCAUUUUAAAAUCACAAAUGAGAUAAUCUGAUUCCAAAUUAAUGUUUGUGACAAUAAAUCCAGGCAAAGAAUUCAAGCCACACAAUAGGUUCCGGGUAAUAAGAACGUGAUUGGGUAAUGUAACUUUUUUAUCGAUAUGUUUAUAGUGAAUCAUGCAAACCAUACACCCUUAGUCGCCCCUAAAAAUCGCCAAAAAAAAUUCCUAACAAUGAACACUUUAAAGACAAUUUCUAGAUGUUUUUAUAUUUGUAUGUAUAACGCUCAAACCGUGUUCUAAAACAAAAAAUAACAAAAAAAAAGAAA